AUGUUCCCCAGGCCCACGCGGCUCAAUUGCCGCGCUGUCCUCUCGUCCAAUUUCGCCAGGCCAGCGUGCAGCCCGCGGUACCACAACCGCUUCAAUUCCUCCGAUGCAGCGUCCACAGCAAAGAAAGAAGCGCAGAGCGCCGCUGCCGGAGCUGCUGCAGCGACGAUAACUAGCAGUGCUGCGAAGAAAACCGCCUCAACGGGGAGACGGCUACGACGAGUGUUGUGGACGACGGCGGCUGUCUUGGGUAUGGGCUGCGGGUAUGUUUAUAUGACGGAUACGCGGGCGAGUGCCCAUCGAUAUUUGGUACCUCGAUUGCUGCGAUGGAUGUAUCCGGAUGCGGAGGAUGCUCACCAUGCCGGUGUGGAUAUGUUGAAGCGGCUAUAUCGGUUUGGGUUGCAUCCGAGGGAGAGGGGAAAUCCAGAUGGGGAUGGAAGGUUGGUUACUGAGGUUUUCGGGUACACUCUGUGUAAUCCAAUUGGUAUCUCUGGCGGGUUAGAUAAAGACGCCGAGAUUCCCGAUCCUCUGUUUGACCUUGGACCCGCCAUUGUUGAAGUAGGAGGAUGUACUCCAUUACCACAAGAAGGAAACCCUAGGACCCGAGUUUUCCGGAUCCCAUCGCAAAAUGCUCUUAUCAAUCGAUACGGACUCAAUUCCAAAGGAGCGGAUCAUAUGGCAUACGUACUGAGAAAGCGGGUGCGUGAGUUUGCCUAUGCGAACGGAUACGGAUCAAGUGAAGACGCGGAACAAAGAGUGCUUGACGGGGCUGCCGGCGUUCCACCAGGUAGUCUCGCGGAGGGCAAACUAUUGGCGGUGCAGAUUGCCAAAAACAAGACGACCCCGGACAACGAUAUUGAAGCGAUCAAAAGAGACUACGUGUACUGUGUGGACCGAUUGGCAAAAUAUGCGGAUAUCCUUGUUGUCAAUGUGUCAAGCCCGAACACGCCUGGAUUGAGAGAUUUACAGCGCGUCGAGCCCUUGACAAAGCUAUUAAAGGGAGUCGUCGAAGCAGCACAAAAGACCGAUCGCCACACAAAGCCAUAUGUGAUGGUGAAAGUCAGUCCCGACGAAGAUAGUGAAGAGCAGGUGAAUGGGAUCUGCGAUGCCGUCUGGGCAUCUGGCGUCGACGGAGUUAUAGUUGGUAAUACUACUAACCGCCGACCGGAUCCGUUACCAAAGGGUUACCAGUUGUCCGAGCGGGAACGAACUACCCUCAAGGAGACGGGAGGUUUCUCAGGCCCUCAGUUGUUCGAUCGCACGGUAUCUCUUGUUUCUAGAUAUCGAAAUAUUCUCGACAGCCAUUCUAUGCGCGGGGCUCAGCCAGAAGCCAGCAGCGACACAGCGGUAGCUGAUGACACCACCGAUACCCCAUCGGCAAAUGCAUCAUCGCUAACACAGGCUUCCCGGCCGGCAAAGGUAUUAUUUGCAUCUGGUGGUAUCACAAACGGCAAAGAGGCGCGUGCGGCGCUGGAUGCCGGUGCGAGUGUCGCGAUGCUCUACACCGGGAUGGUGUACGGGGGAAGCGGGACGAUUACACGAAUGAAAGAGGAAAUGCGGGGGAUUGAAGCAGGGGAAAGAGAACAAUCGAAAUAA